AUGAACUCUCAAUUAGUUCAUGUUUUAUAUUCAUUGAAAAAGAAAGAUGGAUUACAGUACGUGGAGAAGAUGUCUCAGCUAGGGUUUGUGAGAACUCUGGCGGAGGUUGAGAAGAGUCCGGCAGAGGUUGAUCUGCAAGAGAGGAGUACUAAAAAAGUCAAGGAAAAUAAUGAGGAGAAUGGGAAAAAAAUGGAAGGCAAUGAUGCUGGAGUGCAAGUCUCCUUUCGAGACAUCAUUACCGGGCAAGGGAUGAUGGAGGGGGCGGAUGAUUUGGUGCUUGGUGAAGGAUGUGAAGGCAUUUUGGAAGAUUCAAAUGGAGACAUAACUAUAGAAGAGGAGUUGAUCGGAGGGUACGAGUGUCCUAAAUUCAUUUUUUCUGCGGAGGAGGAGGAGAGGAUGCAAAGGCCUUGGAGGAGGGGCGUGAUUGUGAAGCUGCUAGGGCGGAGGAUAGGAUAUAAAGCGUUGGAAAAUAGACUCAAUCAAAUGUGGGUGAGGAAAGGAGUGAUAAGCAUCAUUGAUUUAAGUAAUGACUACUAUCUUGUUGCUUUCUCCCAUGAAGAUGACAAAAAGGCAGCUAUGGCUAAUGGUCCUUGGUUCAUAUAUGAUCAUUAUCUUACUGUGAAGGAUUGGAAACCGAACUUCCAGCCAGAUUGUGAUACAAUAAGUGAGGUUGCUGUUUGGGUGCGUAUUGCUGGCUUACCGAUUGAAUAUUAUUGUCCAAAAGCGUUAACAAGGUUUGGAAAUCGUAUAGGACGAGCGAUCAAAAUUGAUAGGACAACUACUAAACAGGAAAGAGGAAAAUAUGCUAGGAUUUGUGUUGCUGUUAAUUUGGCAAAACCUCUAUUGGGAAUGUUUCAAAUAGAUGGCAGCAGUUACAAAAUAGAGUAUGAAGGGCUACACCUAUUAUGCCUGGUGUGUGGUAGGUAA